AUAACCCAGCCCAGCUACUGGCGUACAAAGCUGCGCAGGCAGAAUGGCAGACACACGGUUGACAUACAGGGCGGAGAGUAAAGUUUGCUGCUACUCGUGUCCAAAACUAAUUCUUGGUGAAUCGACGACUUGGCAAGAAAUCAUGGCUACCACAGAAACUACAAAGUCAGCAGGACCACAGAAUAAUAUCACUGAAACAUACGUGGAGAAGGUGCUGAAGGCGGACAAGGGCAAUGAUGCUCAACUUACUUCCUGGAGCAUCAAGGACUUCACUCAGAAGGGUGACAACUAUGCCACUGUCGUCACCAGCGUCAGUGUUAACUUCUCUCUCCAUGGACAAAACCAAAGUGUGUCUUACGUGGUCAAAAUAAACCCCCAACGCGAUCUUGGUAAAGAUUUUUCAGAUAUGUUUGGGGCAAUAUUUAGGAAAGAAGCAGAGUUUUAUGAGAAAAUCAUCCCUCUCUUAAACUCUGAGCUGACAACCCUUGGUCUUCGUCAGUUAAGGAUGGCGAAAUGGUAUUAUUCAUUUUUAGAAGAAGGUCGAGAAAUGAUAUUCUUAGAAGACCUACGCCCCCGGGGAUAUCAAAUGUUCGACCGCAGGAAGGGAAUGGACGUACCCCAUGCCACCCUCGUUUUACAGGAGUUGGCCAGAAUGCACGCCGCCUCCCGCUUUCUACAGGCACGGACACCCGAUCAAGAUUUGUUGGACAAGUUCAAAACUAUUAAAACUGACUGGCUGAAUUGUACAGAUAGUGGUGGCCAAAUGUUUCAUAAUAUGAUUUCAACACAUUUUUCAAUUGCUGAAGAAUUGCUACACAAAGUGGAAGGGUAUGAGGUAGCAGAACAAUGGAUAAUCAAGAACAAGGGUGACUGUAGCAGCAUCUUGGCGAGCCAAUUAAUGAGAAAUGCAAAAUUUGAUGUCAUUUGUCAUGGGGACUGCUGGAACAACAAUUUACUGUUCAGGUUGGUAAAACACUUACUUGUGCCCUGAUUAUACAUAUCUGGAAGUCACGCUAAAUAGGAAUAAUAUUUCAAUAAUAUUCA